ACCACCACCACUACGAUACGAUUGUUUCCAGCCACAUGCGGAGGUUUUUAUGCAACCGCAAACCAAACACGACCUACUCAUCUAAUCCUUAGAUUCUUGUGCGUUUUCUGACCCCUGUUCAUGAAUAACGAAAUGCAUAAUGCGUUGGGCAAAAUUUCGUUUCCGUUUUCUCUUCUUGCACUCUUUUAUGAUUCCCAUGGCAGCUGGAGAUCCCAGGUUGUUUUUGCGUGCAUACUGCACAUUAGCUAGGCUCAACAAAGCGAUAUUUUACACUGGCAUAUCCUUGAUCAUCCUAAUGCGGCAUACGUUCUUUCGCCAUUACCUAACAGUGGCCAAGCCUGGUAGGGGUAAGCGAGAAAGGCGUGCGCCACUGUUCAUCAGCCCUAUCGUGUUUGAGAUUCUCCAUGCCCGGAGGCAUAACCCUGUUCGAAAGCGUCGGUAAUCUUCUUGGCGCAGCAGCGGCCACUGAGGGGGUAGACCGGUGCGUAGAGUUGGCCAUGGUCAGCCAGCCACCUGGGCAAAGGGUGCAAACAUACACGAAACAGGAAACUUCUCCAGGCCCCUGCUUCCGCAGUGAUUGUCAGC